UUCGUCUACGCAUAAAUGUUUUUAUUAUUUUUGUUUAGUUUAAAUGUAAAAUAAUUCGCGCAAUGUUUUAUUGAAAGAUUUAAAAUGCGUGUACAAGAAUCUGCCCCAAGCAAAUGUAUGUUGAAAAGGCUGCCGCCAAGCAUUUUGAAUUGAAAACCAAACGCAUUUGAACAAAUUGAACGCUAAACUAGCGCAAAAAGCGAACGCCAAUUGAAAAGAAUAUCAAUUACUUGUAUUCCAAGCCAGUGCUAUUGUUAUAUACCAACUUCCAAAAUAAUAUUUCCCCGCAAACUAACCAAAAAAACAAAAUACGCGCAUUUAAAAACGCAUUGCAAAUUAAGUAUUCACCCAGGCAGCCGUUAAGCCUGUUUAGUUUAUAAGUGUACUGCGUCCAGCUGAGGACAAAAUGGCGCCGACAACGACAAUUGAAACCAUCACAAUCACAAGGCCUCUCAAGGUUAUUGCAUUUAUAUGUGGCGUGAUUGUGGUUGUGCUCAUGAUCAUGGCUCUGGCUUCCACAGACUGGCUCAUGGCCGAUGGCUGGCGACAAGGACUCUUUGUGCACUGCAUUGAGGAUGACGCCAUGACGCCGCUGCCUUUCAAUGUGCAGGACCCACCAGGCUGCUAUUGGACGCGCGAUAUUGGUUACAUCAAAGCCACAGCAGCGCUUUGCAUUAUCACAUUGAUAACGGACGUUAUAGCCACAGUAUUAACUGGGCUUGGUCUGAAAACACAAAAUCACAAUCUUAAAUAUAAAUUCUAUCGAAUAGCCGUGCUCGUAAUGCUCGUCUCUUUGCUGGCCGUGCUAUCCGCUUUGAUUGUGUAUCCGGUGUGCUUUGCAGGCGAGCUUACAAUGGCUAAUCGUCGCGUGUGGGAGUUUGGCUGGGCCUAUGGUGUGGGCUGGGGAGCAGCUAUAUUCUUGUUUGGAGCGGUAGUGCUGUUGCUCUGUGACAAGGAAUCCGAGGAGAUUUACUAUAAGGAGAGAAAAAUAGUACAUGAAAACCAAAUGCGCGCCUAGGCAAGGCCGCACGACCUGCCUGACGUCGUUCUUUAGACAUUAUAAGCAUCUAGAAACCAAUACAUACACACACACACACACUCAUAUAGACACAAACAGACAUACACUCACACAGAGACGUAUAUAAAUUUCGAAUCAAAUCAGACUUAAGAACUAUGAACAAAUCUACAGAGCAAUUUCUCAGUAAUGAUUGUGUUAAGAAUCCUUUUUGUUUUUGUCAACUAUGUAAGCCAAAAGAGUAAUGAACAAACUAUAUAAACUGUAUAACCUUAAUAUAGUUGUGGAUAAUUAGUUGAGAUCAAGUAUAUGCUGAGUUGUUUUUUAAUUAGUUAUUUAUACUUGUAUAGUUUCGAAAGGUAAUCUUCCAACAUACAUAUAUAUACACGACAAACAUAUACACAAUACAUGUAUGCACCGCAUCUCCCAAAAUGAUAAACGUAUAUAAACUCGAAAUUAUAUCAACCUAACUACCUAUACCUACCUAUAAUCAGAUAAAAUUCAAGGCACACACUUAAACAUAAAUCAAGUCAGCCAAUCUUUUAAGAUCAAAUUAAAAUUGAAAUUGUAACUUGCGCAUAUAAUCUAACAUAACAAAGCAAAAUUAUCCAGCUGCAUACCUAGAGAGCAGAAAUUCAAGCAGUCUUAUUGUAUGUACUCGCUAUAUAAUCCCCAGUUAGUCGACAAAACAAAAACAAAAAAAGGAAAUUAAUAAGAAAACCCUAUCCAAAAAUAUGCAUGUAUGUAACCUAAACUAGAAAAUAUAUAAAUGUCAAUUGAGUUAAUAGAAAUUUGUCAAAUUCAGCAUUAUAUGCAGCUGCUUAAGAUCCAUUAUGAAAAUAAGUUCUGUUUAAAACCUGGUUGCAUCACAUACAUUCAAGUCAACACUAUAGGCAUCAAGCAUAUGCAGAUUACGCUUUCAAAUGUCUCCUGAAUAUAUGUUUAUAAUUUUUCAAUUCUUGUAUAAUCUUUCAUCUCAAUUACAAAUAUUUGUAGCGCCCAACUUUUGUAACAUACUUAAUCCGUCCCCGCCCCAAAAAAAUAACCUUUGACUUUUUUUUGAAAUCAACAGUUUUAAGUUACACCUAAUAUACAAUAUAUUUUUUACUGGCACAUGUAAUGACAGUUUAAAUACUCUUAUUUAUUA